AUGCCCCUUCAGUCAGACAUCCUCCGUGAAGUAUGGGCAUCCGAAGGAUUGGAAGUGAAAGUAGAUUAUUUUAUCAAGUCUUUCAGUGCUGGUUCCAGUUUUGGAAUUCGUGCAAAUGAGGAAUCUGCACCUCAGAAACUUAAUAAACAGUAUUCCUCUAUACUCUCUAUCAGAUGCUUUGAUGCAGAGAUUCCAGAAGUAGAACUUUCGAGAUCCAUAGCAAAUUACAGAGCUGCCCAUCUGCUGGAGCAGAAGCUGAGAAAGAAAUUGAAAGACACUACACUGGAGGCAAAGCCUAAAAAAUCCAGAGUGAAAAAGCUGGAAAAAUCAAGCUCUGCAGAAGAAGCCAAUAACACUUCAGCUAAUACUGUUGUCAGAAACAUAAAAAAAACUAAAAAGGAGAAGCCACGAGAACAGGAUGAGAAAAUCACGUAUGCCAGAUUAAUUAAGGAGCCCAGAAAAGAGAAGGAAACCCCUUCUUCUCAUUCCAGCGUGAGCAAGACACCAAAAAAGAAAUACGAGGAUUCUGACGAUGAAGAGGAGGAGGAGGAAGAGUGGCAGGAAGAGGAGGAGUCUGAAAGGGAAGAGGCACCAAAAAUGCCCAAAAGAAAGCUUCUCAAGGGUACUUCAUUGGACAAAACUAAGGGGAGGAGGACCAAAAGUAAAGGAAACAAGGCUGAAGCUGGUGUCAAGGCAGGAACUACCAAGACACUGAAAAAAGACUCAACCUCUGUUUUCCAUGUGAAUGAGGAUAACAAAGGCAAAUGUGUCAAAAGCAAAGAGCCAAAAAAUAGCGACACAGAAGAUGAUUCCAGAUCCAAUGCCAAGUCAACCAAAUCAGAGAAAAAGAAGAGUGCGGCGUCAAUGUUUCAGACUGGAGGAGAAGGCCUCAAGGAGAAGAAAACUAAAAAGAAGGUUCCCCCCAAAGCCAUGAAAAAUGAAAGCGAGGAAGAGGUAGUCCACAAGAAUGUCAACUGGAAAGGGAAAACCAAGAAAUCCAAAAAGAAAGAAGAAAGACCACCAUCUCCAGUCAUCGAAGAAGACAAUCUGGAGGAAUUUGUGCUGCAGCCAGCUCCUCAUGGAAUGACCAUCAAGUGUCGUCUCACUCGAGACAAAAGAGGAAUGGAUCGUGGUCUCUACCCUACCUAUUAUCUUCAUCUUGAUAAUGACAAAAAGAUCUUCUUGCUGGCUGGUCGAAAACGAAAAAAAAGCAAGACAUCUAAUUAUCUGAUUUCCACUGAUCCGACUGACUUGAGCCGAGAUGGGGAAAACUUCAUUGGAAAGCUAAGAUCCAAUUUAAUGGGUACUCGAUUCUCGGUGUUUGACAAUGGUGUAAAUCCAGACAGAGCAAAUGCUGACUGGUCCAAUGUACGCCAGGAGCUUGCAGCUGUUAUUUAUGAGACAAAUGUAUUAGGUUUCAAAGGACCUCGAAAAAUGACAGUGGUCAUUCCUGGAAUGAAUUCUGAUAAUGAAAGAGUGCCAAUCCGUCCCCGAAAUGAUAAUGAUGGGUUACUCAUGAGGUGGCAGAAUAAGAUAAUGGACAGCUUAAUUGAGUUGCAUAACAAAGCCCCAGUAUGGAAUGAUGAAACUCAGUCUUAUGUGCUGAACUUCCAUGGAAGAGUUACACAUGCCUCAGUUAAGAACUUCCAGAUUGUGCACAGUGAUGACCCUGAAUACAUUGUCUUGCAAUUUGGCCGAGUGGCGGAUGAUGUUUUUACCAUGGACUACAAUUACCCACUUUGUGCUGUGCAGGCUUUUGCCAUUGCCCUCUCAAGCUUUGAUGGGAAACUGGCUUGUGAAUAG